CCCCCCGUCUCCCUCCGGCGAGAGCGAGCAGAGGAAGAACCAGAAUUAUCCACACACAAAACGAAAUUGUAAAAAGAAAAGAUCUUCCUUUUUGAAUUUAGGAAAACAAAGAUGGAUUUUUCUUCUUCUUCCUCCUCCACCGUCGUCGUCGCCGCCGCCCCCGCCGCCACCACCACCACUCUGGUGUCGAAAUGCAGGGUGUACCCGUCGCAGGCGUCCGCCAUGGACGACCUCAAGCUCUCCGUCUCCGACCUCCCCAUGCUCUCCUGCCACUACAUCCAGAAGGGGGUCCUCCUCCUGCGGCCCCCCUUCCCCAUCCAGUCCCUCCUCUCCCUCCUCAAGCUCUCCCUCUCCUGCACCCUCUCCCUCUUCCCUCCCCUCGCCGGCCGCUUCUCCACCGCCCCCUCCGGCCACAUCCUCAUCUCCUGCAACGACGAGGGGGUGGACUUCAUCCACGCCUCGGCCGGCGACCUCCUCGUCGCCGACCUCCUCGCGCCGUCCCGCGUCCCCGACCGCUUCAAGUCUUUCUUCCCGAUGGACCGCACGGUGAGCUACCGGGGCCACUGGGAUCCGAUCCUGGCCGUCCAGGUGACGGAGCUGCGGGACGGCGUCUUCAUCGGCUGCGCCGCGAACCACGCCGUCAUGGACGGGACCUCGUUCUGGAACUUCUUCAACACCUUCGCUGAGGUCUCGCGGAUCGGCGAGCGGAGGUUCUCGAGGGCCCCGGACUUCCGCCGGGAGUCGGUUCUGAUUUCGGACGCCGUGCUCAGGAUCCCCGAGGGCGGCCCGAGGGUGACGUUCAACGAGGACGAGCCGCUGAGCGAGAGGAUCUUCAGCUUCAGCCGGGAAGCGAUCUUGCGGCUCAAAGCCAAAGCCAACGAAAGGAAGUGGAGCGAAUCCGAGGAUGGCGACGUCAACGCUGUGGAGAUCAUGGGGAAGCAAUUGCACGACCCGCACGUGACCAGCGGUAACGUGAAGCCGACGCCGUCGUUCCACGAGGGCUGGUUCGCCAGGCCACGUGGCGGGGCGGAGACGCGCGUCGAGACGGCGGAGAUCUCGUCGUUCCAGGCGCUGUCCGCGCUGCUGUGGAGGUCCGUGACGCGCGCGAGGAAGCUCCACGCGUCGAAGACGACCACGUUCCGGAUGGCGGUGAACUGCCGCCACAGGCUGGAGCCGCGGCUGGACGCGCACUACUUCGGGAACGCGAUCCAGAGCGUCCCGACCGCGGCGGCGGGGGAGGUGCUGUCGCGGGACCUGCGGUGGUGCGCGGAGAGGCUGAACAGGGCGGUGGCGGCGCACGGGGACUCGGCGGUGCGGGCGGUGAAGGACUGGGAGGGGGAGCCGCGGCUGUUCCCGCUGGGGAACGCGGACGGCGCGUCGAUCACGAUGGGGAGCUCGCCGCGGUUCCCGAUGUACGACAACGACUUCGGGUGGGGGAGGCCGGUGGCGGUGCGGAGCGGGAGGGCGAACAAGUUCGACGGGAAGAUAUCGGCAUUCCCGGGGAGGGACGGCGGCGGGAGCGUCGACCUGGAGGUGCUGCUGGCGCCGGGGACGAUGGACGGGAUCGAGGGCGACGUCGAGUUCAUGCAGUACGUGUCGCAGCGCUGCUGACGUGACAGGUGUGCGGCGUCUUUUCCUGAGGCAGGUGGCAGGUGGCAGGUGGAGGUGGGGACCGCCGGAUUAUCUCUGGAUUUGGUGGGGGCCAUGAGUUUCAACGGUGCGGAUCUGGUCUGAGGUGUACAUGAGGAUUGACUCGGAUCCUCUCUCUAUUUAUCUCGCUCUCGCUCGCUCGCGCGCGACUGUUUGACAGUGACCGCAAGAAGUCAACGUUAGUUUUAACCUUUUCUUUUUGUUUUUUUUGUGUUUUUGGAAGCCUUUUUUCUUUUCUUUUUUUCUAUUAACUUCUUCACAUCGUUUCCCGUGUUUUUCUUAUCUAAAUUUGGCCAUGUCCCGUGUGUCGAAUCCCUGUGUAUUAUUACCCCAUCGAAUUUGGUAGUUAAAAUCGUUCUCGUCA